CGGCAUUCCCGGCCAAUCAGUCGUCCCCGAUGCCGCGCUUGCUGUCCCUGCUGCCCAUCUUUGGCGCCGCGACGGUUCCCACGGUCCCUUGGCCCCGGACGGAGACGACGCCGGAGGCGACGCCGGAGGCGACGUGUUUGCCCAACGGCAUCGGUGCCUCGAAGAGGAGGAACCUGGUGAAUGCCGAUGGGGAGUCCUACCCAGUGGGCCUCUGGAAAACGAGCUUCGAUAACUAUGGCCAGACCUCCUAUGCAGCCACCGCAGUGGUGCAGUUGCUGAUGGAAGAGCUCCUGGGGUACAACACACGGGAGACUGGAACAGGAACUUGGGAGGUGGAAGGCCUGUAUCGCUUGCUCGGUUGCACGAAUCCCUUUGAUGCUGACAGCCCGAGCUGUGGGGAAAGGGACUACACCGACACCCAUGUCCUAGUCGACGCCUAUAUGGAUCCAGCUGAGUGGGCGAAGAGUCAGGUGCUGCCAGGGGCUCCGGUGCGAUUGGGAUCCAUGGGCUACGAAUAUUUUGAUGGCCAAUUUGUGAGCGAAGCAGCCUUUGAUGCUGCUGUAGCAAAGGGGGCCAGUCCAUUGAACUUCUACAAGGGCUUGGAUGUGCGACAGCAACCUUGGAGAUAUUUCGAUGAGAUUUCCUCGGUAAACACCUCCCGCCUGGGAAGUUGUGGCAAUUUCUUCUUGAAUCUGACCGCCUGGGGAGAUUUCGCCACACUUCACUCCAGCUGUCCAGACGGCUACUUCUGGUUAUCGCCAGCGUGUCGCAGCAAUUCUUCACAGUGCAUUCCUUAUUUCAGCCCCUUCUCAGGGUGGUUGGAUCCCAUGAUCGCCCAGAAAGCCAUCGUGUGGAACAUACCUUUAGCCAUUGCUGGAAGCAACAAUUUGAAUGACUUUGAAAAAUUGGUGAAAGCGCAUCGUUGCAUUUUCUCUUGGCAGCAGCCGAGCAGCCUCUUUGGCACCGCUCACCACAUCCGUUUUCCGUCGCAUGAAGCGGCAGCAUAUGCCAUCAGGAACUACACCACAGCAGAGCCGCCGUACCCCAUUUCCAAGUUUGUAAGCGCCAUCAAGUUGUCACUGCCAAGCAGUGCUUUCUUGCACUGCGCGCAGUCACCUCCGCCGAACAACACCAUGUUCAGAGAUGUCAACCCGGUGAGGGUUGGGAUGCCUACCAUGGAAGCGUACCUGCCCUUGGUCCUGAGACUCUUUGAGUUGAGCCCGGAGGGAGAAUAUACCUCGAACUUUCUGACCCGGGUGUUCCUGGAGAUGGAUGAAGAGGCCAAGAACAAUUUGAGCCAGGUGGCUGCCCAGCUGCAAGCGGUGAUGAAGCCCAACAUGCGCAGAGCCCGGCCCACCUGCAAGAAGGUCGCCAAGAAAUCUCCACCUCAGAAUCCGGACGCAGCGGUUUGGGAGGUGUCUGAUGGUGAGAUGACGACUACUAGUGAAGCCAACGAUGAGAUACAUGUUCAAGAUCAUGGUGAUCACAUGGACUUGCAUGAGCCUCCAAUGUUGGAGGGACCAGCAGCAGACGAGCCAGUUUGCCCGGGUGCAGGGGGGAAUGAACAUGCACAUGUUUACCUGGGGGAUCAGAAUCCUUUGGCGGGUGAACCCAGCCCUGUACCGACUCAGAUGGACAUCUCUGAAGUUGAAGUGAUCCCGGAUUCUCCUACAGGAGCCUGCUACUGUCACAUGUUGGAAAUGCCCGAUAGGCAACCGGAAUAUGAAGAAGAUUGGGAUGUUUGUCACCACUGCCAAAAUGCCCGUCACCCUGUGGAUGAUGUUUCAACAGAUGUUGAUGUAGAGCUGGGAGAGACCACCAUGGUUGAAGCCCCACAAGGUGUGCAUGAAGACAUGGUUGAUAAGACCCCACCCCGAACAUUUCGCCGUCUUCGGCCUUUGCCUAUGGUUGAUGACUUGUUCAUGGUGGGCGACCCUGGACAAUGCGCUGAAUAUGUGGUGAUCGAUGACUGCGACCCUGAUGGCCUCGAGACCGCUGAGCCUCUGGCUUCAGACUCGCAAUGUUGCGCUGCAGAGGAGGAAUAUCUUGAAGAUGCUAUGGAUAUUGAUCACCGUUUUCCCAACGCCAAGGACAGCUACCUUGCGCCUGCUGCAGAGUCACAUGCUGCUCCCCGUGCGAAGGACACAGAUCCUCCACUCCUGGCGGGACAAGAGCUUUGCGCCUCUGACUUCAAGGAAGGAUCUGGUCCACCCCUUGCUGGGCCAGAGCCUUGCAGUUCUGACUUCAAGGAUCCGGGAAAAUAUCCUCUAGCUGAUGCACCUGACUACAUGACCGAGCUUCAGAAUCAGGUGAAGGACAUGGAUCCGCCAGAGUUUUCAAAGCAGGGGGAACAUGCUGGUAAGACACGGGGUCGUAAAGCAAAGGCCAAAGCAGCACCCAAAACGAAAGGCAGAGCCAAUCGUGCACCAAAGAGCAAAGCCACAAAGGCAGCAAAGUCUACCAGGUCCAGGACUGCAAAGCAAAGUGUAAGAGCCAAGGCAGCAGCCAAGCCAAAAGCCAAGCCAUCACCCAAACCCAAAGCGGCCAACAAGGCCAGAGCUGCAAGUGGAUCCGCAGGACACUCAGCAGUCGUUCCUGCUGAUCCUUUCCCUGCACCGGAUGAUGUCAUGGAGCCCAAGGCAGCCUGCAAGAAACCUAGGACUCGAAAAACCUUGCCUGAUGACAACAAAGACAGGAUCCCGCCCUCCCACAUCACGCACAACCACGUGUACUCGAGCGCGUAUCGGAAGUCCCUGUCACUGUGCCCUGGGGACAAAGCACUUGCCCGAAAGCAAGGUGCUGCAGCUGUUGACUAUUUUAAGAUUCACGGGGCUGUCAAUGGGCUUUGCGGCAGUUUUCGCUCAGCACCCAGAAGCAGCACAAAGAGUGCGGACAGCGGUGUUUAG